AUGGAAUGCGGUGUUACAGUCGGGAUAACUGUGGAUGAAAGCAGCAUGAAAUUUAUUAAGGCAGAAAGUGCCAAAGCAAUGACUCAUCAUGUGACAAUAUUCGACCGACAUAACCACAACUUCAUUGUCAAAGAGACAAUCGACCACAAUGAGGGGCUGCCAAGACCAGAGUAUAGGGUUAUGCUACCAUCUCGUUGGUGCGAUUGUGGAAAGUUUCAAGCCUUUCGCAUGCCUUGCUCUCAUGUCAUUGCGGCAUGUACGUAUGCUCAUCAAGAUGCAUUACGACUUCUAUGUCCCAUUUACAAGGCAGAGACUUUGCUCAACGUAUACAACAAUGGCUUUCCAGUGGUAGCAAAACCGGAUUAUUGGCCCGCGUACGAAGGAGAAAUAGUUUGGCACAACGAUCAAAUGCGAAGGAAUAAAAAGGGUCGUCCUAAAAGUAAGCGUAUCACAACUUAA